UAUUGAUUACCUAUUGUAUCUCUUCCUGACAAAUGUCCUAGGGUGAAUUUCUAUAUUUCUCACUCGUUUAUUUUAUAUUGAGGCUUAAAGUUAUUAAUAAGCAUAGUUGGGGGCGUGGCCACAAUGACUGACAGGUAGACACGAGCCGUUUAGCUAGCGUCUCCUGAGCUAAUUGAAGUAACUGCACUUGACGUAUGUAUGGUGCUAAUGGCUUUUUGAAGAUUUUUAUUUGUUUAUAUAUUGACUUUCUGUGCGGCUAAGGACCGAGGCCUGUGUUUUUGGAUUAACGAGCGACGCUGUUAACGAGCGUUAAUCUGCCGACAGCUGCUGGAGCUUCUGGAGGGAAACACCGCGAAGUCCUGGAGGGUUACAAGAGCUUGUUUCUUUCUAACUUUUGAGAUUACAAACUUGGAUUUAUCUUCACUCUUGUCCGCCACAACGGGCCACAGAGGUGCAAAAGGAGGACUCUCUUAUUUGAAUGGAGGAGAAAGUCAACGGUAACGUUGCGUCAUGGACGUACAGACAGGAAAAACACCAGGCUAACGGAAAGAAACGAGUUUUUGCUGGAGUGCCAGUGGCUUACGUCGUUGCUGGCACACUACACUUCAGGGAGACGGGCAGGAUUGUUACGAGCGAGCUCAAACUGCAGCAGACCACUGACCAGGGAAUCAAGAUGAUGAAAAGCCCUGUCUUGGAGGCAGUGGAUAGAAACAUCUGCCAGGUCGAGACUGAUCUACUCAACUCAAUUUCGACUUUGGUGGAUCCCAGAUACGAAGACAGAUAUUUCACAUAUGUCAGACAACCUAAGACCUGCCUGAGUAUGCUCUUAUUCAAGAGAUGGCAAAGAUCGAGAGAGAUCUACUAUCUUGCUUCAGGGUGGCCAAUUCUUUCUUAUCGCACCGGAUAUCUGACAGUUACCAUAGAGCCCCUGCCUCCUGUUGUUGUGGGAGAGACUGUUACCCUCAAGUGUAACUUCAAAACUGACGGAAGGCUUCGAGAGAUUGUUUGGUACAGGGUCACGGACGGAGGAACCAUCAAGCAGAAAAUCUUCACCUACGAUGCUAUGUUUAAUACCAAUUACUCCCACAUGGAGGACUACCGCAGGCGCGAAGACCUUGUGUACCAAUCAACCGUCCGGCUCCCCGAGGUACGGAUCUCAGACAACGGGCCUUACGAAUGCCACGUGGGCAUCUACGACCGGGCAACAAGGGAGAAGGUUGUCCUGGCUUCAGGGAAUGUCUUUCUUACUGUUAUGUCGCCUCCAAACAACAUAUCAGUGGUGGCAGAGAACACUCCGGCCCCAUUCAGUCGAUACCAAGCCCAGAAUUUCACUCUCGUCUGCACCGCGAAAGGAGGGAAACCGGCCCCAUCGGUGUACUUCAAGCGUGAUGGUGAGCUGAUAGAGGUGAUCUCCUACACUCCGGCCUCCACCAGCGAGCAGGGCGGCGGCUCAGCAGGGGUGAGAGGAGCCCGGCCGCUCAUCAGCAGGGACCUCGACGACACUAAACUGCAGCGCUCCCUCUCCCUUCUGGACCCGGAGGGGCGGGCGGCACGCCUGUACACAGAGAGCCCCAGUCGCGUCCACACUCAGGGCCAGCAGGCCCACGAGCCCAGCCCUGCGACAGAGGUCAUCCCAGAGACAGUCGUGAGUCGGGAGUUCCCCCGCUGGGUCCACAGCACGGACCCUCUCUAUUACUUUAGCCACACUCACCUCCCCCAGAGUGACGGCUCUGUGGUGGUGCAGGCCCGGCUCACCUGGACCCUCAACCCCCAGCUGGAUAACGAUGCCCUGUUCAGCUGCGAAGUUAAGCACCCAGCACUGUCCAUGCCCAUGCAGACAGAGGUCACUCUGGCUGCUCCAAAGGGCCCUAAACUCUUCAUGUCCCCUACCAGGGCAAAGGUAGGGGACACGGUGCGCAUCACUGUGCAAGGAUUCCAGGUAGGAUCGCCUGGGAAUGAGGUGUUCCCUGAGCCCCUCUUCACCUGGACACGAGUGGGGGGCCGCCUGCUGGAUGGCAGCACCGAACGAGAAGGGAAGGAGCUGAUUUUGGAGAGAGUGCCAGCCGAGCUCAACGGCUCCAUGUAUCGCUGCACAGCCCAGAAUCCACUGGGCUCCACGGAUACGCACACUCGCCUCAUAGUCUUUGAAAAUCCGAGCAUGAUGAAAAACACACAGAAUCCAAACAAUGGAGCCUCGCGCAUGGACAUGCUUGGAUUGACAUGGAUGGCACUUGUCCUUACAGUGACAGUGGAACUGACGUGAAACCCCUCAUCCAAGACACUCUCACCCACUCACACACAUACACACACACACACACACACACACACACACAUACGUACACACACGCAUUACUUGCCCUUCUUACACAACAUUCCACACACACACACUUUCCACGAAUCCCGCAAGCCUUCUCCAGUCAUCAAGAGGCCCUCCAUGCGUCAGUCGAUCAGGAAACAGUACCACCGCAGGAUGACGCGCCACUGUUUUUGUAACAAAAAAUAAUAACCAAGAUAACGAUAUCAAAAGAACAACGUGACGAACAUGACAAUAACCACCUCCUAUAUAGCCCUGCCCAGUUACACCUCUUUUUGUUUCUUGUCCCACGUCUGCCUGUUGAUCAAUAAAAAUCAGUUGAUUUGAAACGGAAAAGAAAAAAGCAUUUUGGAUUUUAUUUUGAUGAGUCAAAAAGUGUCAUUUGGUGUUGACUGAAAUGUGAACGUGGAACUGGCUUAGGCUGUGCCACCGUAUCAACCACACCCGUCUGUUACAUGUCCUGGGAUGCACCUGAUUAGCAACAAGCUGAUAAACCACGGGGGAACAGACACAGAUGCUCCAAGAGAACAUUCUUUUUUUAUUAAUAUACACCUAUUUCCUUUUUCUUCUGAUGGCUCGGAAUGUACAAGAGGAUUUAAAAUGCGUUGAGAAACUAGAAAAAAAAAAAAAUCUCCUUUUUGAGUGUAUUUUGUGUACAUCAGUGUAAAUAUUGAAAAUAAUUAAAGAGGUUAUAUGGGUUAGGGUGAGGGAUGGUUGCUGAGACAGCUGGAGUUUUCACUUCUCCGCCUUUGUUUGUACUUCAUUCGACACUGUUUUCAGAGAUACUUCUUGGCUGGAAGAACGGACACAUUCACAGCCUUUCUGUUUCUCAUUUGGGCUUUUUAUAUCUCUAUGGCAGGUCUCCAAGGACAGAGUGGAAAAAAAAAAAAUCUAACAUAUGUCUGCUGUUUUGGGGUUGUGGUGCAUGUGACGUUUGAAGAUUCUUUCUCCUUUUGGCGUGUUGCAAUUGACAGCACUGCAACUCAUUGUCACUGGCCUGUAAUCAAGUUAUUUACUUGUGACAUACUAUCUUAAGUGACCUACAUUGUGUACAAUACGUAACUCUUACCCAGACAUUUACAGUACUAGUAGGAUCAUUUUAGCAGCCAUUCCAGGGAGGUGCUCACCUUGAUGCAGCGUGUGUAAACAGGGUUGUU